AUGUCUAACCCAAGCAGCUCAUUGCGCCCAAAACAAGAAGUGCCACCUUUAGGAAAGUACCUUGCAUCGACGGAGAAGAAGACGCGGGACAAGGCAAUUAAAUCACUUGCGACCUUUCUCUCAGAUGACUCGCAGAAGUCCAUGUCCCCUUCUGAGAGAGCUAAGUUGUGGAAAGGUCUUUUCUACUGCUUCUGGAUGUCAGACAAACCACUGGUGCAACAGGAUCUCUCAUCCGAACUCGCCAAUUUGGUUUUGGUCAUUCCCACACUUGAUUCAGCAAUCGGCUUCAUACGUGGUUUUUGGGAAGCUAUAGUCAGAGAAUGGUCAGGCAUUGACCGGUAUAGGCACGGGUGGGACGCAGAAGGAUGCGAUUCAAUAAACGAUAUUUUUCAGGGAAACGGUGGCCCCCUUUGCCCAGAUGAUAAGAAAGUUCCUGCCAGUUUAUCCUAUCACCUCGCCGAUAUAUAUCUAGAAGAACUUGACAAAGCUCUUGACACAAAUGACGAUGAUCACAAACUUCCGCUCAUCACUCUAUUAAGGCCAUUCAUCAACCUUUCUGCAUGCACCCCAAACAAAAUAACGUACAGCCGAAUGCAAACCGCACUAUUCACUCCCCUACUUGAUGCACUGGUUUUUCGCGCGACACCACUGGACUCGGAUAACAUCGAUUCUCAACAAAGAAAACGGAAGCGUUCUUCAGAGACGUAUCCCAAUAUUCUCGAAUCUAUAUGCAAAUGCACAUCACAGGCCGGAGCUACACCCUCGACUGGGAAUUCACAAGACACUGCUAAGGAUAUUUUGAACGCUAUAUUCGAGGCGGCAGGUCACAUAGAUACCAAGGAUGCUAAUAGAAAGAAGAUGUAUGCACUGUGGAAGCAACGCAUGGAAGAGAUUGAGGGGUCUCCAGAAGUGGAUGGGGUUAAUUGA